AUGUUGCUACCACGAAAGUCUAGGGGCGGGUCCUCGUCCGGUGGUUAUUCUUACUCCAGCAGUAACGACUCGCCAUGGAACGAAGAGAUUACAUUCUCGAUGGACGGCCUCUAUGUACGCAGAUCGUACUUCACUGCGCAGCUUGCUUUCGAGUUCCUCACACUGGGGGUGCUGUUUCUCUUCCUUUUCGGCUGUUUCUUCAUCAGACAGCCUAAGGCGCUACCCAAGACCCUCCCUAAGAAGGGUCUCGUCUUCGGGAUAUUGAGCUAUAUCCUCGCCGAGCUCCUUACAAUCCCCUACAUGUUCUUCUAUCUUUGCGAGGUCACAGUGAAGCAGAGCUAUGUGGUCAUGUUAAUGCUCCAAACGAUAUUCUGGCUUCUCGCCGUAUUUCUCAUGUUCUACGUCUUCUACCGAGUCAUCCAAGCAUAUCUCAACCGAAUUGCGAACGGCGGCAAGACAUUCCUUCCCGUGUCCAUACUGCACUGGGUCUUGCUGGGUGUUUUGGGGAUUCUCAUGGUGGUCAAUGCUGCCAUGUACAUUGCUCUCCUGGUCAUGGAUGUGAACGGAAGCACCCAACUGCAAAUAAUCGGACACUACGGCAGGAUUGUUGAGGCUCGCAUCAUCGUCUCAUGGCUGAUGUCUCUGGAGAUUCUCGUGUGGACAAUCUUCAUCAUUGCGAAGUCGAGAUUUAGCAGCAAGACCGGAUCUAUAACCCUUGCUUUGGCAGGCUUCUUCCUCUUUGUGCUUUCCCUCGAGCAGCUGAUUGUGACGAUCAUGUACAAUUUCGAAGGGAAGAGGCCGCCGCAGUAUUUGAACUUGGCCACGUCAAUCGUCUCCUUCUUCUGCACAAUCGGCAUAUACUUUGGCCUCAUCUUCUGCUGUAUCCAAUGGUGCAAGGCCAGCAAGAUCUAUUCUCAAGAGCAUGCUCAACCCGCCCAGCAUGCCCCGUAUGAUCAGCCCGCCCAGCAUGCCCCGUACGCUCAGUCUCCUCCUCCCCCUCCGGCCCCUUACGCUCCUAUGUCCUCAUACCAGCCAUAUCAACCGCCUUCACCACAGCCCCCUAGCCAUCCAGCACAUUCCGGCUACUCGAGCCCUGUGAGUGGUGGCUUGAGCCCCGUGAAUGGUUACUCGAACCCCGUGAACAGCAACGGACAAUUUCCUCCAGCCGAACUUCACAGUGAGAGCGAUGCUGGAUCGCAUGGGCUCACAUCUAACCAACAAUACCAACACCAUCCUCACGCGUGA